AUGGCAAUUCAACAAUAUAUGAAGGCUAGCUUUUGCAUUGUUUUGGCUCUUAACAUUGUGGCAACCCUCAGCAUUGUAGAAAAGACGGCAACACAAGAAGAAUUCCUUAGCCAACUAUUUGAUCCAGCAUCUGGACUAUUAGAUGAGGACACGGCAGAAGUACUAUGGAUCACUUGCGGUGAAGAUUUGAUUCAUUCAAAGAAAGGAGUUGGAGAUCUUGACUUAUGCCUCCAGAAGGAAUCACCAAGUAGCACCAAUGAAAUUAGUUCCGAAAAUGGAUCAAUAGCAAGAGAAAACAUCAGAAAAUUGUUUAAUACUUGCAAUCCUCAGUUGAAGGAAAAUUUUCUUCACUGUUUGAGAAAAAAUAAUUUUCCAUUCCAUGUCUAUGGAGAAGAGGAUGACUCCAAGAUUUGGCAUGCCCCUUAUAUGGUAUCACUUUCUUCCAGAAGAAAUCUGGGUCAUGUUUUGCCCCAGCACUUAUCAGAAACACCAGAAAAUGAAGAUGAAUCACCUUCAAAAUCCAGUCCUAAAGGUGGUAAACCUGAUAAGAAAAAAAAAAAGUCCAAGUCAUCUGAUCAUAGUGAUCACAAGAAAACAGUUGCACUUGCCAUAGCUAUAACUGCAGUGGUGACAUUUCUGGGUGCAGCACUUAUCUUUAUAUGUUGUUGUCGGUGUUGUGGGAGUGGCCGAGUUAGACAAAAUGAUGAGAGGCCCCUUCUCAGCAUGAGCAAGAGUGACUACUCCGUUGGUUCUUCUUCCAAUAAUAAUGCGUUUAGAAAUUCAAUGAAAGAGGAGAAACUCGGGUUUCAAUCAUCUUUGGUUGAUGACAAGAACUCAAUGCAGGAAAUUCAAUUAGCAGGAGUUGCAAGACCAUCAUUUGAACUUAAACCUCCACCUGGUAGGGUAGGAACUGGAAUGCCACCUUUGAAACCUCCUCCUGGUAGACCUGAUCCUCUUCCUCCUGAGCCACCUUCUAAGCUUUCUGAUUAUGCCACUACUCCUCCUUCUGCUCCUCCUCCUCCACCACCAAGGCCUGGUAGUGGUGGCUCUCCACCUCCUCCACCCCCAAAACCUGGCAGUGGCGGUCCUAAGCCUCCUCCACCACCUCCACCUGGUGCCAAACCUGGUCCACGUCCACCACCACCUCCUAAGGGUGGUGUAGGUCCUCCUAGAGCUCCUCCUCCAAUUGGCCCAAAAGGGCCUAGACCUUUGGCUGGUGUACCAAAGCCUCAAGGGAAAGUUGGAGAUGCUUCAGAAGGUGAUGCUGAUGCUGAUGCUCCUAAAGCUAAGCUAAAGCCUUUCUUCUGGGAUAAGGUUCAAGCCAACUCAGAUCAAACCAUGGUUUGGAAUCAGAUCAAAGCAGGAUCAUUCCAGUUUAAUGAAGAAAUGAUGGAAACGCUUUUUGGCUAUACUGCUGCGCCUGUGGAUAAAAACAAAGGAGUACAGAAGAAGAAAGAAUCUUCAUCCCUGGAUCCUUUUCAGUUUAUCCAGAUCAUUGACUCCAAGAAAUCACAAAAUUUAUCAAUUCUGUUGAAAGCAUUGAAUGUGACACUAGAAGAAGUUUGUGAUGCAAUUCUUGAAGGGAAUGAGCUCCCCCCAGAAUUUAUUCAAACCUUGCUGAAGAUGGCACCAACGUCAGAGGAAGAACUCAAGCUAAGGCUUUUCAGUGGUAACCUAGCACAACUUGGGCCUGCUGAUCGAUUCCUGAAAGCCCUGAUUGAAAUUCCAUUUGCCUUCAAACGAAUGGAAGCACUGCUUUAUAUGUGUACUCUUGAAGAGGAGCUCACUGUUACCACAGAGUCUUUUGCAACUUUAGAGGUUGCAUGUAAGGAAUUAAGAAGCAGCAGGCUGUUCCUCAAGCUUCUUGAAGCUGUUCUCAAAACUGGGAACCGUAUGAAUGAUGGCACAUUCCGUGGUGGUGCACUAGCAUUUAAACUUGAUACACUACUCAAAUUGUCAGAUGUAAAAGGAGUAGAUGGAAAAACGACUCUCUUACACUUCGUUGUUCAAGAGAUAAUACGCACUGAGGGCAUAAGAGCUGCUCGUAUGGCAAAAGAGAGCCUUAGUUUCUCUAGCAUUAAAACAGAUGACCUUCUUGAAGACAUAUCUCAUGAAUCAGAAGACCACUAUCGUGAACUUGGUCUUCAAGUUGUUUCACGUCUGAGUAAUGAACUUGAGAAUGUGAAGAAAGCAGCAGCACUAGAUGCUGAUGGCUUAACAGGAACAACUGCAAGGCUUGGCCAUGGUCUCAUAAAAACAAGAGACUUUGUAAACAAAGACCUGAAGAAAGAAGAGGAUGAUGAUAAAGGGUUUCAUGACACGGUUAAGAGCUUUGUGGAGAAAGCUGAGGCUGAUGUCACGAGUCUUCUAGAAGAAGAGAAGAAAAUCAUGGCUCUGGUGAAGAGCACUGGUGAUUACUUUCAUGGGAAUUCAGGGAGGGAUGAAGGCUUAAGAUUGUUUGUAAUAGUACGUGACUUCUUGAUAAUGGUAGAUAAGAUAUGCAAGGAGAUAAAAAAUGCACCAAAGAAACCAGCUCCAGCAAAAAAUGUGAAACAAAAUACUUCUAGUUCUAGAGGAUCAUCUACCUCAGAAACUCGUCCUCCACCUAAUUUUCGUCAGCAACUUUUUCCACCAGUUGCAGAUAGGGGGGUGGAUGAUUUUAGUUCAGAUGAUGAGAGUCCAUAG